AUUUGAAAGAAAGUGAGAGGGGAGAGUGUAAUAACAUAAGGUAGUUGUAAGCGAUCGAGGAUCGGGAGUUCAAAAUCGACCAUUGCAAAGUGAAGAAAUGUCUCAAGAUCUGUUCAAAUAAAAUUUCAUCUCUCAACUCAGAAACAGAUUAAAUACAAAAUAAACGAGUGUGCGUUAGACAUUCUCUAACGUUUAUUAUCUUCUCGUAUAAAUUCCCGUGACGUACGCUUACUUUGCAUCAAUUGAAAGAAGCGUUCGCCCUGCUCAGAAUGGGUUCCGCUCUACGAAUAACGUUUCAACUUCUAACGAUCGUGCUAGUGUUUGGCCAUACUCAUCAACGCGAGAUAAGGAAUCGGAAUUCCCGUAGCACGACCGAUCUGGCUGAUGCUAAGUUUGUGCUGCAGUCCAACGAUUUCGCAAUCCAGCUGUACAAGCAAGUGAGUACACAAGCGAGUGACGGAAAUGUGGUAUUUUCUCCGUUUUCGAUCAGUGCCUGUCUAUCGCUCGCCGCCAUGGGUGCCGGUGGAGUAACGGCUGACGAAAUGUUUGGUGGAUUGCGCUACGGAAAGGCCGAUCAGAAGCAGCAGGUUGCCGAAUGGUACGGACGACUCAUGGAUCGCCUAGCAAACGAUAAAUCUAUUGCCGUAGCCAACAAGCUGUAUGUCAAAGAAGGAUUCAAUGUGAAACGUUCCUUCCAAGAGGUGGCCACCGCCAGCUUCCAGUCGGAGGUUCAAGAGCUCAAUUUCGCUCAGAAUAAGAUCGCGGCCAAAACGAUCAAUGAUUGGGUGGAACGCAAAACGAACAACAAAAUCAAGGAUCUUAUCACUCCCAAUUCUCUGAACGACCUGACCCGUAUGGUGCUGGUCAAUGCGGUACAUUUUCACGCGAAAUGGAAGCAGCAGUUUAAAUCUUUCAACACCUAUCCGAGACCAUUCUGGUUUAGUGAUACACAGUCACGGGAGGUACCGAUGAUGUACAUUCAGGAGGAUUUUGCAUACAAAAACUUUGAGACUGAAGGGUUCUCCGCUCUUGAGCUAACCUACAGUAACAGUGACGUGACGAUGCUGGUGCUUUUACCCAACAAACGCAAUGGGUUAGCAGCAUUGGAAGAGAGUCUUCCGAGCCUUAACUUUGUUGAGCUUACUAACCAAAUGAAAAAAAGCGAUGUGAAAGUAUAUCUUCCCAAGUUCAAAAUUGAUUUCUCUCUCGAACUUAAUGACGUCCUGACAACUCUUGGCAUGGGACGAAUGUUUAGUGAUGCGGCUGAGUUCCCUGAUUUACUGGAAUCUGAUGGAGCACUCAAGGUUUCGAAAGCUAUUCAUAAAGGAUUUAUCGAGGUCAAUGAAGUAGGUACCGAGGCCGCAGCCGCUACAGGGCUGGAAUUCAUGCUUUUAUCGGCCCGAAUUUCAACGCAACCGGUAAUGGUGUUCAAGGCAGACCAUCCAUUUAUAUAUACGUUGAUGUCACACGAUAAGGGUGUUUACUUCAUUGGAAAAGUGACCAACCCAGCUUACUUUUCCCCGUAUAAAUUCUCUGACCGUUCUUGCACUUCGAAUCAAUUGGAAGUAGCCUUCGCCCUGUUCAGAAUGGGUUCCGCUCUACGAAUAACGUUUCAACUUCUAACGAUCGUGCUAGUGUUUGGCCAUACUCAUCAACGCGAGAUAAGGAAUCGGAAUUCCCGUAGCACGACCGAUCUGGCUGAUGCUAAGUUUGUGCUGCAGUCCAACGAUUUCGCAAUCCAGCUGUACAAGCAAGUGAGUGCACAAGCGAGUGACGGAAAUGUGGUAUUUUCUCCGUUUUCGAUCAGUGCCUGUCUAUCGCUCGCAGCCAUGGGUGCCGGUGGAGUAACGGCUGACGAAAUGUUUGGUGGAUUGCGCUACGGAAAGGCCGAUCAGAAGCAGCAGGUUGCCGAAUGGUACGGACGACUCAUGGAUCGCCUAGCAAACGAUAAAUCUAUUGCCGUAGCCAACAAGCUGUAUGUCAAAGAAGGAUUCAAUGUGAAACGUUCCUUCCAAGAGGUGGCCACCGCCAGCUUCCAGUCGGAAGUUCAAGAGCUCAAUUUCGCUCAGAAUAAGAUCGCGGCCAAAACGAUCAAUGAUUGGGUGGAACGCAAAACGAACAACAAAAUCAAGGAUCUUAUCACACCCAAUUCUCUGAACGACCUGACCCGUAUGGUGCUGGUCAAUGCGGUACACUUUAAGGGUACCUGGAGGUACCAGUUCAAAACGACCGACACCCACCCGAUGCGAUUCUGGUCCAGUGAUACACAGUCACGGGAGGUACCGAUGAUGUACAUUCAGGAGGAUUUUGCAUACAAAAACUUUGAGACUGAAGGGUUCUCCGCUCUUGAGCUAACCUACAGUGGCGGCCAAAUGACGAUGUUGGUGCUGUUACCCAACAAACGCAAUGGGUUAGCAGCAUUGGAAGAGAGUCUUCCGAGCCUUAACCUUGUCGAGCUUUCUAAACAAAUGAAAAUAAGCGAUGUGAAAGUAUAUCUUCCCAAAUUCAAAAUUGAUUUCUCUCUCAAUCUAAAUGGCGUUUUAACGAAACUUGGCAUGAGACGAAUGUUCAGUGAUGCGGCUGAGUUUCCCGAUUUGCUAGAGUCAGAUGAAAGUCUCAAGGUUUCGAAGGCGAUUCAUAAAGCAUUCAUCGAGGUCAAUGAAGAAGGUACCGAGGCCGCAGCCGCUACAGGAAUUUUCAUGGUGCCUCUUUCGUAUCCCCCACCGACACCUCCACCAACCAUGGAGUUCAAGGCAGACCAUCCAUUUAUAUAUUCGUUAAUGUCACAGGAUAAGGGGGUCUAUUUCAUAGGAAAAGUGACCAACCCUUAAAGCACCACAUUACCACCAUGUGCAAUAUAAGCUAUGGCGUGUAAAAUAAGAAUGUAUGAGCCGAAAUAAUAAGCAUUCCAAUCGUUUUUGAAGCUUCAGCAAUUUUAUUUUGAAGGAAGUUUUAAGUUUAAAGGAAUGAGUGCAUGCAAUGUGCUAAAGAAUACAUAAAAUAUAAUCGUUACCACUCGUCGUCUUUUGACACAGUU